AUUUUUUCAAACUCCCUCCCAUCAAUGGUUGAAGUUAAAGAAGGUGUAAAUUAAAAAGAGAAAAAAAGUGACUGAUUGCUAGAGUUAAGAAUUGAAAUUUGAAAGGAUUGAAUGGUGGAAUGAAGAGGUAGUGAGAGACAAGAAAAGAAUGAGUGAAGAAGGUCCUCCAAAGCUAUAUACCGACAAGCCCCGAAAAGCGCAAUUGAAGCAGUUUCGGGGGCAACAGAAAUCAAACGCGUUCUCCUCUCCGGCGGCGAUGGGGACACACGCCGCUACUCCGCCGCCACCUCCGCCACCGCCAAAGGAACCCUUUAUUCGGCGCUACAAAUUCGUUUGGCCUAUGCUUUUGGCCGUGAAUCUUGGUGUCGCAGCUUAUUUGUUUACGAGGACAAAGAAGAAGGGUACUGGUGAGGAGGAGCAAGAUGUAACUCGUGUCUCAACUAAGGAUGCUACCCCUCAUGUUGUUGAGAUGCCUGUGCCGCCACCAUCUAUUACAAAUCCCAUGAUCAAACGAGAGCCAAUUCCAGAAAACGAACAAUGUGAACUCUUGAAGUGGAUAUUGGAAGAGAAGAGGAAGGUCAAAGCAAAAGACGCAGAGGAGAAGCGGAAAAUUGAUGAAGAGAAAGCUCUGCUUAAAAAGCUUAUUCGGUCAAAAUCCAUCCCAAGUGUCUAAUGAUGUUAUCUUUAUCGUCAGGGAAAAAAGUUCUUGAAUUCAAAUGUACUUGAAUUGAUUCAUCCAAUGCUUUUAUUUUCUGUUGGUUUUUUGUUGGAUUCUAGAUUAUAGAUUUGUGAAUUUGAGAGUUCAGGGUCCUGACAUCCUAAAUUGUCAUUUGCAGAAUUUUGGAUGUGGUUCGCUGGUUCUUUUGGUUCUGACAAUAAUACAAGUUGAUGGCACUUGAUUUACAAUGUCCAUGUUCUUUUUUA